UGCCCGACGCCGCACGCACGGUGAGGGCAGGGCGGGCGCGCGGUCACGGGGCCCGGCGGGGCGGAACCGGCGCACGGAGGCGGGGAGGGAGGCCGCGGCGCGCCGCUGCCUGAAGACAGCCCUUCCCCUGAGCCUGGGUUCCUCUGCCCUUGUGCUGCCCAUGAAGCAGGAGGCCCCAACGGACACCAUUUGGAGGAGUCUACUGCAAAUACUGUAUGACAGCAGCUACUCGACAAGAAGUUCUUGGCCUUUACCGCAAGAUAUUCCGAAUAGCCAAAAAAUGGCAGUCGGCAUCGGGGCAGAUGGAAGAAACUAUUAAAGAGAGAGAGUACAUUAAAAAUGAAGCCAAAACAUUAUUUCAAAAGAACAAAAAUGUAACAGAUCCAAAGUUGAUUAAGCAGUGUAUAGAAGAAUGUGAGGCAAGGAUAGAAAUUGGACUUCACUAUAACAUCCCCUACCCAAGACCUAUCCAUCUGCCUCCUAUGGGUCUUGCCCACAAACAAGGCCGUACGUUGCGACACCAGGAAAAGUUAAGGAAGAUUUCUAAGCCAAUAUACCUGAAAUCCCACGAUGAAGUUUCAUAACACAUCAUUUUAAGCUGUGAUGUGCAAUCACAUCAUUUAAGCUGUGGACUGCAAUCCAGGUGAUUUGUGUGCACAACUGUGAAUGAAGCUGUUUUGGUCACUUGCUCACAGAUUUCCUGAGGCCAAAAAGCUAAUUGAGACAUUGCACAUGACGGAUAGGGUUGGUCUAGUAUUUAUUCCAUAUCAACCACUGACUCAUCAAUAAAAGUACCACUUUUCAAGGAGUGAGGUGUGAUACGAAGAUUACUUUGACAGGACAAAUUACAGCAGGUUCUCAGACUCUGCUCAGCUAUAGCAGCGAGGCUCUGUGGUGGUUGGAGGAUUAUGUAGGCUUGUUUUUCAAGGCAGUGCCUGGUGUAAGAGUCUGCAAAGCCUCUGGAGCUUCUGGAUGCAAGUGGGAAUACAGUGACAGCAUCAUGCACCUGCAGCCCUUCCUCUCUUGUCCUGCUCUACUUAUUGUGUCUAGAGAAACAUUCACGUUUCAUGGUAUCUUUAUGGUGAGCUAUUAUUUCCAAACAGACAGUAGCAAAGGCAGCAGAAAUGCCAACACUCCUUUUUCUUCUUUGCAAACUGCAGAGGAGUGGCUUAGAGCCUCUGUGUCAGCUUUUUUCUCCCCUCCCUUUGGAGAGGGUGUGGAUGUGAAAUGCAAAGUUUGGAAUGCCAUUACACAACUCGGAGUAAAAUAUUCCAGUGUUGGGUUCCUCAGGGUCUCAUGUGUGGACUGACUGAAAACUCCCCCUUCAGGGUAUCACUAUGGGAGCAAGCUUAAGAUGCUUUGGGUGUCUUCACUGUGCAUUUUUACACAGUUAGCAUUUCAACACAAUCAGCAUGCUGGCUUUCUCAACAACUGUUUUAGUGUGAGGUCUCAACUCUUUCAUUAUGGGCAGAACCCCAGCUUUAUGAAGAGAGAGUAUCUACAACUAUCUCUCAGGUCUUCAGCUUGAAGACUGUUUCUGUUUUGCAGUGCCUCACCAGUGGAAGUGAAACUAAAUUUCCCUCUCACUUGCCACCAAUUCUUUUGACUCCCUCUCUGGCUUUACCAGGCUGUUUACAAAUUCUCUUCAGGACAGUUAGAGGAGACUUCUGUCCCUCGGGCCAGAAGUACCAAUGAGACCAAGCUGUGGACAAGAGCUGCACUGUACUGGAAGGCCACAUGGGCACAAGCUACAGCUGCUAUAAGGACAGAGGGUAAAUGCAGCAACCUAUUCCAGACAGAAGUUAAUAGUGCCAAAAAUGCAAAUUUGAGACAUGCAGUGUAUAUUAUUUCCUAUUAAAAUGGGCAAAACCAAUGAAACCUCCUUGUCUGGGCUCUCCAACUCAUCCUAAACUCUCCAAACCCUAACAGACAAUGGCAAAGAAACAUUCCUGGCUACCUUGAAAAUAAGUUGAAACUGUCAUGUGCAGAACAGGAUGACUGUCCCUCCCCCAGGAAUGUACUUGUAAGAGUGAGAAAAAUACAUGUGGAUGAGAAAGUACAAGGAAACAAUGAGGAGAGUGAGUCAGCAUGACAUGUACUGGCUAGCCCAUUUUCUCAGUACCCUUUAUGGCUCCAGUCCAAAAAGGUAUCUGUUCCUAUGUAAUUAUUUCCUGGGAAUGCCUCCUGUGGGAAGUAACAUGUAAAAUGCCAUUGUUCUGCCUGGCAGUGGAAGCUUUGCAAAUUUACUGCUGCCAGGAAGACACAAAACAACAUUCCUUUAGCCUAGGAAAAGGGAGAUGGAAUAAAGACAGUAAAAAAUAGUCCAAAUCCUAAGUCCAAAUACAGACUCUUCUAUCCUUGUUCUGAUACACCAGUGCAGAGAUGUGUCAACUGAGCCAAACCAAAAUGCACAGAGACAAGGGGUUUUGAAUGGAAGCUUAGGCUCAUUCUUUCUCAUUAAACUAUCAUUUGAGUCUUUUUUAUUGUCAACAUUUGUUGGCUAAUGAAAGUACUGAUGCUGUGACUCAUCAGGUGAAUAAACAGCUAUGUAAAUGAACAGUCUAAAUUUACCAUCUGUAUUACAGUCACAACUCUUUCCUCAGCACGGACCAUGAGAUGUAGAUUAUUUCAAAAGCACAUCCCUCAAAUUACAGAAGAUUUUAAGAGAAUUGAAGUAACAGUAUGAGUUUAUUUCUGAAGGGAACUAUAAAUAGGCAAUUUUUCGAAGGCUCAAGUAGUCUUAAGUGCCUCAAAUAAGUAUCCACUUGCUUAACUGAAAAGAUACAAAGUUCAACUGCAGUAACAGCAUCACAUUACUUGAUAUGCUUUAAAAUGCUAGAUAGCCCAUUACUUUGUCAAAAUAAGUGUCUGAGAGGUUAUUAACUAGUGCCUAACCCUCAUUACUUUCCAGGACCAGAAGGCAGAGACUGAAAUUUGUUGAAACCUUGAGCUGUCCAACUAAGGAAAUUAUGAGGUCAGCUCUUUUGUCAAGACUAGAGAGCAAAACUCUUCUUUCACAGCCUAAGUGAAACUCUGUAUGAAAAAGAGAAUCUGUCUUAAAUACAGCCCUUUGUUUUUAGAAGUCAAACUGGCAAACUACCAU